CCAUACGACAAGCACGUAAAUCAUUUACCGAGCAUUUUAUCCAGGACUAGCUAGUUGGUGGUACAUGAUCAAAUUUAAGUGUAGUGAGUAAAUUAGUUGCUAAAACGGGAUUAUCAGCCGGCCCCAGCUGUAAAAGUGAUUUGUCAGGAAAGUUUUCGCUCUUUUCGUGAAAAACACUCAACUAUGAACAAGCCAAUAGAAAAGACUCCGAAAGUUUUCAUGAAAACUUCAAGCAAGAGUCGAGGAGGUAAAGACGUUGAGUUUCGUUCGAAAAAACAAAAGAAUGAGUUGCAUAUAUUGAAGAUGUCACAAGAAUGGGAUCUGAGGAGACAGCAACGUCGUUUAGAUCGACAAAAAUGGGUCGAAGAGCGACGGAAUCAGAAGUUGCCGAUAUGGCAGCGCGUUGGGAAUCUACGAGUGCAGGCCAACGAGGAAAAGAUUUUGCAUGAAGCUGGCAACCAAAAUGUAAACAACAAGGAGCAUACCGAAAAUUCAAAUGAGAUAAGCAAAGCUGGAGUUGCUAAUAAUCAUAAACUGGAGGAGAAAGUCAGACAAACUCUAUUAGAACCUCAAGCUAAGGAAAAAAGUGACACGCUUCAUGACAAGUCCCCGCCUGGAUCUGAGUUCGUUCAACAGCGACACAGUACAGACCAGAAAAGAGAUUCUACGAGCAAAAUACAGUUUAUUAAAUCUGAACAGGCCAGAACAAUGAAACAGUCGUUCUUAUACAACGUGAAAGCGUUAGAGACAGCAAAUGUCUCCACGGCACAAAUCAAAGAACACGGCACUAGCAUAGCAGUUAAGAACUCGUCGAAGUCUCUGACAGCUAACGAGAAUUAUGAGGUGCAGCAUUAUGAGAGCAAAACAGGCCUGGAAAAAGAAACCAAACCCGCACACAGUCCUAAAAGAGUUGAUGGUUCUGUAACCAUUCAAAAACUUCCGACAGUAGAAGGAGUGCGGAAAGAGAGGAAACGAAAGAUAGAGUCAGGAAUUAUAGAUGAUGAAACAAGACUAAUGCCUAAACUUAUGUGCGUCGAUAAACCAACAACUCUGGAGAAUAUUUUUGAAAGAGAAAACAAGCCUGGCACGACCUCAACAUCCAGCAAUUCUAAUACAAUAUUGCACCACAAUCAAGGAGACCUGGGCACAAGCGUCAAAGGAGAAAAAAAUGUGCCUCAAAUAACACAAUGCUACUCUUUGGUGGACCGAAGAGAAGACGAAAACGCCUUCUUCGUGAAAACGCCACAGAGCAAGUCCACCCCAGCCGCAGUGUCCAUGACGACACCAGUUGUCACGACGAGCCCGUCUUUCGCUGCCAAGGGACAAACGUCGUCACCAUCUGUUGCUCUGGAUCCCGGAUGUAUUGUGUACCUUUCAAAUUCAACGGCGCAAUCGCACUUGUCUGGCAUCCCUCGGCAUCCUCGGUCGGGUUAUCUAGUCCCAGUGUAUAAGACGAACAAAAGAGAGCCAGCCUAUGCAUUUUUACCGGCAACUUCUCAGCAUUCCCACCAGGUGAGGGGAAACUUAAGCCCUGAAGGCCACCCGUCAAAGUAUAAAAGCGACGAUUGUGUGUCAGUUGGAAGCACAAGCACGCCGAUGUCGUACCCGUUUCCACACUCGACGCCUUGCAUAAAGGAGACACAUGGUGCGUGUACCGGUGUCGUUAGCAAGGGAAAGGUCGUUCACCCUGCACAAUCACAACCCUCUUUGUACAAAGACAAUGCGUCGUCGAAUGCAAGAGCUAUUUCAGGUUACGAGUCAAGUAGUAGCAGUGCAGCUGUCACGCUUACGAACACAUCGCAAACAGAUCCACCUUACGUAAACGGUGCUCUUCUAGGCGGUGAAGGAAAGCCUCAUUUGCCCGGCCGUACACACACGUACGCGCAACAUCACAAAACAGGUGCUCACGUAGGUCCCUUGCGAAUGAUAAAAGAUGAGAGAACUGACUCUCCGAUGGCUUCAGAUGAUAAAUUUUCCACUGUCCCUUCAGAGAAAGUCCAUUACCCAGCUGUUUGCCGUACACCUGACUCUGCGCCAAGUCAAACGCCAAGCACACAAGAUGCCAUCUUCAAUCCCAUGUCCAUAUAUGUUAGGCCCAGAUUGGUACCCAGGGAGGUGGUUUCAGUGAGUCAUGGGUCAGAACUCAGUCCCCCACUGGUGGAGUAUAUAAAAACUGAUGCCAUCUGCGAUAAGGAGUUGACUAAAUGGGACGCAAACAACGUGCGAGAUUUUAUUGCUGCAACAGACUGUAAGGAUAAAGCGGAACUUUUUCUGGAGGAGGAGAUCGAUGGUAAAGCUUUACUCUCACUUUCGCCAGAGAUGUUAAUGAAAGGAAUGAGCCUGAAAUUGGGUCCCGCUGUAAAACUUUACAAUCAUAUCGUCAAUCUCAGAACGGCAUUGUCGAUUUAGAGUAUUACAUUUACUUGGUCUUGGCAAAAAUAUAUUUAACUCAUUUGAAAGCCGUUCCUUAUACAUGCGAGUGAAAGUUAAUCCAAAUCAUUGAUCAGUUGUAGAUAUUCGUACGCGCUAUUUAUUUUGGACAUUUUGUAUUAUGAUUCAUACGUGAUUAUUGAUUGGUAAUUAAAGA